AUGGAACUGGACCUCGGCCUGGACACAUCGGAGCCAAGCGUCCUCGAAUGGGCGAGAGCGCAAGGCGUUUGCGUGGACUAUGAGACAGAGUUACUGCACAUUCGCCAUCUUCAGUCACCAUUAGACGAUGAGAUCGAUCGACAUCUCCACGAGCCCUCCGAUGCGACCAUCGACACGGCUGUCAGCGGGCUUGUCAAAGAAAAGCUUACGGUGAACAAAGACACUGCGUGGCUCCUCAAGGCAGCACAUGCUCUCCAGGAUGAACUUCCGAGCGACCUGACGGUUACUAAUAGCCGGACGUGGAGGCGCGAUCUACGUCAAGAGCUACCUGUGCUACGAUCUGAUCAUGAGCUUGAUUUGCUCAACUUCGGUGGUACAGUUGUGCCAGACUUCAAGAAUUUACAGAUUCCUUCGGAGAUCAUGGUAGAAGAAAACGAUGAGGGCUUUGGAUGGCCAGCGAGGUAUCUCGACUACCCUGCACAGUGCGACGCGCAGGUCAAAGUCGAAAAGCUCGCCAUCUCACGGGAGGUGUUGGUUUAUCUCCAGGACACUAUUCGAGACGCGUAUGUACCGGAAGACGGCCAAAGGCUGGAGGCAGAGAGCCUGAUACGAAAACAGAAGCCCAAUAUCCGACCUGUGACACCGCCUUUACUCCCAGUAUCGCCGCCACUGACACCAUACAUUCCAUCUUCACCCACAAAUCGUCUGCCAUUCGAUUCAGAUACUGCCGAAUCGGUUACUAUUGAGGCGCAGGCUCUGCAGGAGCAAAUUCUGGCAGCGGACGUUCUUUUUCGCACAAACUCGAAUAGCAGUGAUUCGAUGCUAUUUGAUCUUGCUCAUCCAUCUCAAUUUAAUCCUGAUUUCGAACCAACCAGUUCGCCCAUACUGAAGCGCCGAGCUGAGGAUCUCAAAGUGGAAGGUCCUCUUACGCCAUCGAUGUGUUCUAGUUCGCCCAUGAAAAGGCUCAAAUCUGUGUCUUUCGCGGACGAAUCCUUACUCUACAAGCCAUGGGGUGAGGAUGAUGAAGGUGGGGCUGGCUCUGACCAAUUCUUCCACGAAAUCGAGGAGCAGGCUGAGCGCGCCAACGAGAAAAUCGAAAACGAACGACUGUCCGGCGCUGACACGAUUGCAAGAGUCGAUAUUCCAUACAUGGACUUCUCGCUGCCCAUGGCACCAUGGAUAGAGUACAGUCGGCGCAAGGGUGGCGACCAUCGACCUGAUGACACGGAACUGCAAGCGCAGAUGCAAUUCCUCUUACGCAUCAAGCGAGAGGAUCUGAGGUUUGCGAAGUCGUGGCAUGGGCUUUCGAUCCCGGAACGAGAGUUGAAGUGGGGCUUUCUCACUACCAAGGUGUCUACUCUCAGUCUCGAAGAAAAGCUUCAUGGCGAGUCGGAAGUUGCUAAGAUCGUCACUGAACUGACUACGGGCGAUGUCGCGACUAGCUCAGCGCAAGUGUGGAAACGCGAAGGCCUGCGUAUCCUUGACGAAGAUGAGGACGAAGAAGAUUUGGAUCCAGAGGAAUACGAUGAGCGAAACGACAUGGAGGCUCUGAUACGCAAGCGAAAACUUGAAAUGGAGGAAGAGGUCGUAGAGAAGCAUCGCAGGCGCACCUCUUCGCAGCCGAUUGCGCGUCCACAGAUCCGAUCCUCCACAGAGAUGCAAGAGAGCCACCACUUUAGAGAACGCGAGCCAACAGAAGACCAGUCGGCGAAGACCCGAUCGAAGAGGCUGGGCCAUGCCUCCCAGAAACCGCAAGCUGCCAAACAAGCGACAGGAGACCUGAUGUUUGGUGGGUUCUCAGCAACAACCGCGCUUAACAAGUUCAUGCAGACGCGAGGGAAGCCAGUAGAUCGCGUAGAAAGCAGUACCGCAAAAGUGUCUGACUCUAGGGAUCGCAAUCAAACGAUGACGCACACCUUACCGGUUCGAUCAAGGGGGUCUUCGUCCGACCAGCCAGUGCAUCUGGCUCAGCAGGCACAAACCACCAACAAGCCGCUACCCCAGCUUCCUACCGUUCCGAGUAAUCUGGCGCCUUGUUCUUUCGUGAUCUCAUCGACCUUUCUACAGCAAAGGGGAAUGCUGAAAAUGAUCGAGUCGAUCUACCCAAGUGCAGAGAUGGUGUAUCGAGACUACACCUUACCGCACUCGGCAGCCAAAGAAGCUGAGAUCAUACUGUCACCUUCCACCGGCCUCAUCUUUACCACCUUACAGCAGAUCAAGCAAAGAGCUCUCCCUGGCCAGCCAGAUAAAUCACCCGUGAAAGAACGCAUGUUGAAGCUCCAACUGCGGUAUGAGAGACUGAUAGUGUUGGUGAGCGAAGGGCUAAGCCGCGAGAUGGAAGAGCUAGGAUCGAGCCGACCAGACGACCCACGAGAUACAGAAGCUCUCAAAGCUUUCGAUAUGUUUGCUAGCAAAUUAGAAGGCGAAGUGCUUGUUCGAUACGUUCGUGGAGGGGAACAGGCUCUGGCGCGGUUCACUGUCGUUGAGAUGGCAAACUACGGAUUGCCAUAUGGCUCAGCAGACAUUGGCGACAUCAAGCCUGUGGCGCAAGAGACAAGCUGGGAAGUCUUCCUCCGUCGAGUCGGCCUCAACCCAUUCGCUGCUCAAGUGAUCAUGGCAUGGCUCCGCAAACCCUUGCACAUGCCGAUAGCUCCUUCUUCAACCCAUCACGCGAAGACAGUCUCAGCAUUUGGUCUCGCCCGUUUCUUUCUGAUGAGUGAAGAGGAGCGAAUCCAUUCAUUCCAAGCUUUGAUGGGUGGAUAUCGCGUUCUGAUGAGGGCCAGCGAGCUAAUCGACCAACGGUGGGUCAGCGCUGUGCAUGGGUUUAGGAUGUGA